GGAAGGAUGUCUGCUUCGAUAUCAAGGGCGGAAAGGAAAAUCGCAGGAUUCUUGACCACAUUUGAUGGAUGAGUCAAACCGGGGUCCUUGACAGCGCUCAUGGGUGUCUCUGGCGCUAGAAAUACUACGCUCGUCGAAGUCCUGGUUACGCGUACCACUAUGGGAGUGACUAGCGGAAAAUUGCUCGUCUACGGCAAGCCGCGUGAUGACUCCUUCCAACAUAAAUCCGGCUAUGCUCAGCAACCAGAUCUUCAUUUAAGUGCUGUUACAGUACGCGAGGCGCUUGAAUGCUCUGCUCUUCUACACCAGCCUGCUUACGUUCCUCGUCAAGAAAGGAUCGACUAUAUAACCCAAGUGAUUAAGCUUCUUGAAAUGACCGAGUAUGCUGACGCUGUUAUUGGUGUCCUCGGAUAUCUGGAGGAACUCUGGGCCCAUGUGGAUGUUUAUUGUUUUUGACAGUCAUGCAGUAUGUGUGUUGUACUGGUGGGAUCGUGUUCCGACGAUUAAGAAGCCGGUCACUAAGAUUGAGUGGGCAUUGUUUGUUCUCUUGCUGUCUUACUUCUAGGGUAUACGUAUUUAAUAGGUCCUGUUUGCUGUGAUGUCUUCUUCAGAUAUGAGUAUUUUGACUUACUGCCCAAUAUUAUCAUAAAACAGCUCCCAUAGGUCCAAA